AUGGCUUCAGGUGGAGCAGAGGAAGACGAUGGAGGCAUCCCAUUGGACAUCGACAACGUGCACAUGCUCCUCCAAGUGGAGCAUGAGCAGAUCCAGAAAAGAACAUUUACCAACUGGAUAAAUGCUCAACUCUCUAAGAGAUGCCCUCCCUCGUUUGUGUCAGACCUCUUCUCUGACCUCAGGGAUGGGUCACAGCUGCUGGACCUGUUGGAGGUGAUGAGUAGUCAACCUAUGAAAAGACAAAGGGGUCGAGGGGUUUUCCAGCAGAGGGCUAACAUUGAGACUGCACUGAACUUUCUCAAGAAAAAAUCUAUCAAAUUGGUGAACAUAAACAUCCCAGAUAUCAUAGAUGGACGUCCCUCCAUCAUCCUUGGACUCAUAUGGACCAUCAUCCUCCACUGUCAUAUCGAGGAGCUGGCCAGCACGCUCUCCUACAGUUCUUGUCAUUCCUCCCUCGACUCCCUGGCCAGUCUGGACUCCUGGUCUGGCAGCCCGGUCCCAGCUAGUCCAGUCCCUGCAGGCCGGACCUCGCCUCUCCACAGACGCUUCCGUGUAUCAGCCAAGAAGGCUCUGCUCAUGUGGGUCAGGGACCAAUGCAAAAAGGUCGGUUGCUCCAUCAGUGUGAAGAACUUUAAGUCGAGCUGGAGAAGUGGAGAGGCCUUCUUGGCCAUCCUGUGUUCUCUCAGACCGCAGCUGGUGGAUCUCUCACUGGUCCAGUCCAGAAGCAACGAGGAGAACCUGGAGGAGGCGUUCCACCUGGCAGAGAGGGAGCUCCACAUCCCCCGCCUGCUGGAGCCCCAGGAUGUUGAUGUUAAAGACCCUGAAGAGAAGUCCAUCAUGACAUAUGUGGCCCAGUUUCUGCAGUACUCCAAUGACAUGCCGGCACCUGAUGACCAUCUGCAGCUGUUUCCUCUGGUCCAGCCCUUUUCUCUCUCACCUGUGAACCUGCCUGCUCACUUCACACCAGCAAUUGCCGUCUCACCAUUACGUCAGGUCUCUCCAAGUGAACGAGCACAAGAGGUGACCUGCUGGCUGCAGCAAACCUACCAGGAACUGUCCGAGGCUUGGACGGCUUCAGAGAAUUCAAGAUUUGCAGAGAAGUAUCAUGUGUUUCAGAACCUCUCCGGCUCCUUCAAUGAGCAAAGGAGGCCAGUGAUGACCCUCCUCGCUGCCAUUAGACGCUGCCCUGAGCUGAACCAGGAGCAGUGUGAACUCAGGACAGCAUGGGAUCAACUGGAAAAGGAGCUGCAGAGAUGCAAAGCAGACCUGGACUCAAGCCUUCCUCCUCCUCUGGACUCAGUCGUGGCGUGGCUGCAGCGUGCAGAAGCAGCUCUAAUGGAAGAGGGAGGAAAAGGGAAAGAUCAUGCAGAUGCUGCAAAAGAGGCGAGAGCUCAACAAGACAUGCAAAAGACUUUAAUUAAGGAGAUGAGCCACCAUGUCAAUAUCAUUGAUUCCUACCACAACAUGGAUGACUCUGGGAAUGAAGUAGUGCCCCUUGAAAAGUUUGAGGAGAUAAAAAGACGUUUGACCCAUAUCCGAGUCACAGCCAAGUAUCAAGGGAUCAAGUUGGAAUAUCAGGAAUCCCGUCACACUGUGCUGGAUCUUCUGGGCCGCAUCAGUUCUAAGUAUCAGGCCUGGAAAGCUCCCUACAGUUCCCAAGAGACAGUUCUUCUGCUUCUGCAGGACUGGCAUGAAACUGUGGAGCGCCAAGGCCUGAUUUUAAUUCUGAUCGACGCUCUCAAAAACCUGAAGGAGAAGAUGAAUGCUUACACCAGCAAGGCAGCACUAGGUGAAGAUUCCCAGCUUGUUACUCGUCAAGUCAAAGAAGCAGAAAGUGAAGCUGAAGUGGUCACUCAGGCUGUGACGGCCGUGAGAGGGACGAUGGAGAGAGUGGUGUCUGCGUGGGACACUUACAACAAGUGCCUCACUUCUCUACAGACAUGGCUGGCACAGCAGAUACAGACACACGCCCAGUCUCCCGCUGCAGGGACGCAGGACAUGAGUGAGUGGACGUCAUGUCAGGCUAAGUUAAACGAGGCGGGGAACUUGCUCAUUGAAGUGACAGAAUCUUCAACCAGUCUUGCUCUGACAGAGCAGCUGAGCAAGAUCAACAUGCAGUGGGCUGAGUGUGUGAAGAGGACAAUGUUUGAAGUACCAUCAGAGUCCGGUGUUGUUCCCCCAUGUCUUCAAAUGGUGCAUUCACUGACCCAGGAGGCCAGCUUGCUCCUGAAGCAGCCACUGGAUGUUGCCUCAGUGCCACUAAAGGCAAACAGGCAGAAACUACAGGUUCUGAGUAAAAAGAUGGCCGAUGUGGAUCUUUCAUCUCUCAGUUCAUCCCCAGAAUUUCAAACAAGCCACACAGAGAAACUCCAGCAAACUCUCCCACAGGUUCUUGCUGAAGCAGAGAGGACCUGUGGAGAGCUGCAGCGGGCCGCUUCAGUCCUGGAGGGCCGUCUAGCUGAGCUGGACCACUGGAGUACAGAGGCCCUGGACUGUUACCAGCACCUAAAGGAGAAACAGCACACAGGACGCUCUGCAUUGGAACCUACAGCCAAGGUGCUGAUCUCUCGAGGUUUGCAGCUGCAGAACCAGGUUGGAAGUGAGGGACAGAAUCUGCAGGAGCUUGUGUCACGAGUCCAGAAAACAUCUCCUCUGCAGAACCUUAGUACCUCUGACAUGCAGGACAGAAUCUCAGAGGCAGUCUCCCACUGUCAGGAGAUUCUUGGAAUGUUUAGUUCUCUUGGGUUUCUCGGACAUGUUGAAGCAGCCCACCAGACACAGAGACAGCCGGUGGCGGGUUUAUUGGUUGUGGCCAGAACCAAACAUGUAGACCAGAUUGGGAAUGUGGUGCUGCAAAUCCACGACCCAAAUCAGGCUUCACUGGAGACUCAGACGGCUCAACAAAGGACAACAGGUCUCCAGGUUUGGCAGCAUGUGAACACACAGGAUGAACCAACUAUUGUUAUACCACACGUCAAAAUCCAAAUGCUGCCUCAGCCUCAUGUUCACCCUCCUCCUGCUCAAACUGUAAAAGAAGCUGAAUGUGAGCCCAGGAUCCAGCCUCAGUUGUUUUCCACAUCCCACACUCAAGCAAAGCCAAAUCAAAAUGAUCAACUUCUACCUGCUUUCACCAAACGUCCUCUCCAACCAAAGUGUCCAAAAAGUCCAGUUCUGCCCAAACAUGUAACAAGUUCAGUGCCAGAGGGAAGCUCACCCCCCUCAACAUCGAGAUCCAGGAUAAAAGGGAAGCCAAACACAGUCCAGAGUGAUAAAACAUCUCCAAAGCCACCAGUUAUGGACCGCAGUGAAGUUCAUUCAAAAGCCCAGUCGAUGGCGAGGAGCAGACUGGAGAAGGCCAGAUUUCAUCUGCAAGGACGCAUCAAACAAGCCAUCAAGUUAUUUGGUGGCAAAGAGAUUUCAGAGUCACAAGCCAAGAGGAAACAGAGAGCUUUAAGGAUGCUGCAGCCUGCCAUCCUUGAUGAGUUCCUGGGUGCUGUGGAGGGUUUAGGGGCCCUUUGCACUGGGCCCCAACUCCAGGACUUGGUGCUCCUCUCUGACUCAGUCAGAAAGCAGUGGGAGGAUGUACGCAGAGAAAUGGCCGCCUUUGUUCCCAUCUUGUUGUCUCAGCUCAGAGAGGGAAAGCAGCCAUUUUCUGUUGUGCAAUGUGAAUCGCAAACUAACUCUCUGCAUGAAGCCACUGAGCAGCCUGACCACGGCUCUCUGCUGCAGCGGCAGGACGUCAUGAGCCGAGCUGCAUCUGUUGAGGUUGAGUCGCUCCAAGAGCUCUGUGAAACGCUCACACAGGGAAAAUCCUCCUGCCAAGCAGCAGACCAGCUGAGGGAGUCAGAUGAAGUGCUGGAAACACAACCCAGUGACACAGUGCUCCCAUCUGACUGCAGGGGACGGCAGCUCCGGGGGAACACCCCGCUGAGAGCGACUGGCGUGUCGGCCAACACACAGCAGAGCAACGAUCUCCCUCGGAAACAAAGCGUGGACAGCCCACAACAGGACCUCUCACCUGUGUGUGGUGCUGAGUCAGCACAGCCUCAUGGUGAUUUCCUACACCUGCCAGUUCAGGAUGUCGCAUCACAGAGGGAGGAUGACCCAACAACACCACGAUGGUCAGGGAAAAAUCUAAAACCCUCACUGAGAGCCAAAGAGCAGCAGCUGAAAGCUCGUUUACUGCUCGUUACCGAGGGGGACCAGCAAACCCAAGCUCAUAUACAGGCGGUUGUCAGGGGCGACAUUGUGGAGACGAAGCAGGAGGCAGAGUGGACCGUCAUCCCAGAGGCAGCCGCCCCGCCGCAAGACGAGCGCUCCUCCGAACAGGAAGUAGUGGAAAGGUACAGAACGUCCUGCUUGGUAUUUCAGUCUCAACUCCAGAAGAACAAGCAACAUUUAGAGGAGUUUAUCCCAGACCUUGUUACCGUCUCCACCCUGCAGAACCAAAAGGAGCGUUUACAGACUUUAAAACAGGAGACAGAAGCACUGUGGUUUGAGUCUGAGCUUCAGUAUGUACAGCUAUCACAGUUCUUCCAUGUGAUGACCAGGGAAAAUAAGGGUGAAGUGGAAAGAGAGUGGGAGCAGCUGAUUCAGCAGUGGAGAGGACAACAAAUGUGCCUACAGAGCAGGAUGACAUGUUUGGAGAAAACUGCUGACCUGAUGGAGUCUGCAGAAGAUCAGAUGGCACUGAUCGCAGAAAAACUGGACCGGAUCAUCAGAGAGUCUGUGGACAUCUCCUCCUUUACUUUGGCUGAUCCUAGACUGAUAUCUGAUUUUAAGGAGAUGGAUGACAGAUUGCAGUCCGAGAUGAGAAAGCUAUCACAACGAGAAGCUGAAGAGGAAAGACAAGGCCCGGAAGGCACGUCCCCUUCUUCCGUCUGCCAGGCUCUCCACAGCAGCGUCCAUCAUCUUGAGCGGCUCAGACAGCGGCUGGAGAAGGUUCAGUCAGCUGCGCAGGCUCUGCAUCACUUCCUGGCCACAGCAAGGGAAGUCAAGGCUGAGAUCCCAACCGUGCUGGCAGAGCAGGACCCCAGCAGACAGCAGAACGAGACAGACUGGGAGCGGGAGACACACUGUUGGCAGGCAGCGAUGCAGCAGAGGUUGCAGACCGCUGCGGAGCAAUCUGAGAGUGUUGACAGCACUUUAAAGGCAGCGGGGAUGACUCUGACCAUGAAUGGUGCAACAGUGACGUGCCAGGAUGUGGUGACGUCAUUGUCCCGGCAAGUUUUGGACACGGAGAAGGAGCUGGUGAGGGACAGGAAACGGGACAGAAAAGAUGAGGUAUUUCCAGUUGGAAAGGAGGAAAUCCAGGAGGUGAAUCCCACGGAGAUACGUCAGCCAAACACUGGGGAUGAUUCACCUCAGCAGGAGGCAGCACAGGAGCAGGAACGUCCCACGCCAAGUAGAAUGGAAGAGGAGGCAGAGUUGGAGGCCAAAAGGAGAAAGCUGGAAGGAGACAGUGAUGAUACACAGACACAGAGGGAGGAAGAGCACAAGGCUCAAACAUGCAAGUCUGAAGAGGAUGUUGUAAAAGCCAACAACCAGAGAAGAAGAAGAAUCAGCCAGGUGAAGAAGGAGGGAGAAGAGAAGGAGAGUUUGGUCCAGAGGAGAGUUGCCUUGUUAACCGCUCUGAGGGAGAUCAGCAGAGCAGCAGAGCAGCUGAGGUUACAGGAGCCCACCCUGCCCGCUCUGCAGCACAGGACACGUGCGUUAACAGAGCUGGAAAGUCGUCUUGCUGGCCUCCUCACUGAGCUGCAGCACAUACAAGAUGCAUCUUCACAGUCAGGAGUCCCUGAUGUGAGUCACACCAGAGAGGUGGAGGAGCUCUGGGAGGAGGCGACAAAAGCUAUAACUGAACGGCUGGAGCAGUGUUGCACACUAACAGAGCUGCUGAAGAGGUUCCAGAGCGUCCGUGGGGAGCUGAGUGGGACACUGCAGAGAGCGGAGAGCACCAUCAGUGAACAGGCCUCCUACAUGGGGAGAGACAACCUGCAGAGACUGCACAUUAAGGUCCAGGAAAUAAAAGCAGAGCUGAACGGCCUCGGAGACGCCAUAGAGGACGUCCGCGGUGUCUGCAGGCAGCUUCACACUCACCUGCGUCAGAUCCCAGAAUGCACCAUUGUUCCAUAUGAGGACGAAGCAGACGCUCUGAUGGACCGCUGGCUGGAUAUAUCAGAAAGAACAGAUUCCCACCUUGAAAGCCUGCACCUCGGCCUGACUCGGUGGGACGGGGUCCUCCAGCUGGGAGCAGAGCUGGAGAGCUGGACGGCCAAUAAACUGGCAGUAAUUGCUCAGUCUCCGACCUUUCAGACAGAGGAAGACAUCAGGGCCUUGCAGAAUGAGAUUGUGACCCAAGAGGAGAAAAUCGAGCGUUUCCACCAAAGAGCCGCUGAGAUUCAGACAGUGCUUCAGAGCACAGAGCCUCCUCUGGAGCUGCAGGUUGUGGAGACCCAGAUGAGGAAGAAGAUGGAGCAGCUGCAGGAGCUUGUUUCUGAAGCUGAGGAUGUUUACAGGCAGAUGGUGGCUGCUAAGGGACAAAUUACUGCCAGGAUGACUGAAUGCUUCAACUCCCUUCAGAAGAUUCAGGACUCCCUCCUCACUCUAAGUGCUUCAGAUGUUGCAACAAUCCUUGCAAAACUCAAGGAGCUACUUUUUGAGCUCCAGGCGCAGGAUGAGCAGGCAGCGAGUCUGAUGGAGGAUCUAAACGUUGUGGCCUCCAUAGCUGGACCAGUCAACCUACAGCGUCUGUCUGUGGACGGAGUUCAGCUACAGGAUAAAGUCAUAGACACCCAGCAGCUCUUCUCUGAGGUGGAACAACAGACUGAGAGGAAUAUCCAGGCUCACGACAGGCUGCAAAGAGAGGGUGAGCAAUUGGAACAAUGGUUGCAAGGCGUUGAGGAAAAAGCAGCAAAGGAGGAGGAUCUUAAUCUGCUGCAAGAGGAAACACUUCAACAAAGGGAGAGGACGGAGGCCCUCAGUCAGCUUGUGUCUUCCUUACAGAGCAGCUCACUUCAGCAGUGUGCUGUGGUGGAAAAGUGCAGCAAACUGCUGCAACGAUACCACAACUUUCAAACCAACGUGCUGCACGGCUCCACGGAGAAGCAGAGCUCUCUGAACAGGGAUGUCAAGGAGUUUCAGACUCUUUUACAGUCCACUCAGUCCUGGGUCGGAGAUCUGAGGCCAAGUGCUGAAUCUCCAUCCGCUGAAGUCUCUGGAUGCCGAUUUCUCUGUGCUCAAGCUGUGGUAAGUGCAAUGGCAGAGGGGGAGGCUCGCCUGGAAGAGAUCCGGAUAGCUGGAGAUAGUCUGAGCCAAAGAUCGUGUGAUGAAGACGACCUGACGCCGAACAUUCAGGAAAGCAUUCAGAAAACAGAGGAGCAGAGGAGGGAGCUCAUCCAGCCAGUUCAGCCGUAUCACAGUGUUCUACAAGCUGAUCCAGACCUCUCCUCCUGCUACCUGGCCCAAACGCAGCAGGCCUGCCGUAGAGUGGAGGAGCUGCAGCACAGAACUGCUCAGCUCCCAACUCUGUUCCCGUGGCCCGGCUCUUCUGAGCGCAGACAAAUCUGCCGUCUAGCCCGUCAGCUGCAGGAUGAGGCUGAAUCCCUGCAGGUCGCUGUCACCAGCCUGGCUGAACAGAGGAGGGAACUGGCUGAACGAACAAGCGACACCUUCUGCAAAGAUCCCUCCUCUUCUGAGCUGGAGAGCUGCUGGUCGUCACUGAUGGAUGAGCUGAAGGGUGUGUGUUCCCGCCUGGAGGAAGGUGUGUGUAAUGAGGAACAUUUUGGCCGCUCACUGCAGGACUGCCGCCAUAAAUUGACAUCCCUGCAGGAAAAGAUGUCAGCCUGUCAAGCCCAGAAAGAAAGCUCAGCUGGACUGAUCACUGAUGUAGCAGCUCUGGAGGCUUUGCUACAAGAAGUUACCGACACAGAAAAAGACCUUUUACAUAUUGAAACUCUCAAGGACUCCCUGACAACCAGCUCCACAGCCGAGGCCCAGACCAGCCUCUAUCAGCAAGUCAGCAACCUCCAAAACCACAAGAGGGCACUAGACAAUGGCAUCAGAGAAAGUCUGGCACUUCUCACAGAAAAAAGAAACCAGAGAGUUCAACAAGUGGAGGAAGAGGUCACCUGUGUACAAACAGCUCUGAAACAUCUGGCUGAAAGUCUGUGUGAGGACUGUGGAGUGUUGACUGAUGUCAGCCAGCUCAAACAGCAGUGGUUUACAAUACAGGACUGUGAUAGCAGGCUGACAGAGUUGGCUGAGAGAGUUAACGCCCUGCAGAAGAGCGAAGAGUCCAGCAUCACACUAGAGAUGCUUCCUGCAGAUGUCACACUGACUGUUGAUACAGUUGCUGAAGAACUUGACAGCCUCAAGUCUACUCUCCUGCGAAAGAAGCAGGAGUGUUCAGAAAACACUGCUAACAGGGUGAGACAGAUCAUCAACCAGCUGCAGAAGUGGAGCCGAACAGUACAAGCUGAACCAUCGUCACCCAGCCAGGCAGCUCUGGAUGAGGGUUUGAGGCUUCAACAAAGUGUUCGCGAAGUGCUCACGGAACAAGAUUUUCUUCUAAACAGUCUGGGAAAAAAAGUGACAAAGAAACUGAAGAAAAGUGCUUCUGGAGCUCUCAGUGAAAGCACACCUGCUCUCAAAACCUUCUCUAAAUUCCUGGUUUCAGACAUCAGUCAAGGCCGUUUGGGUGAAGUUGAAGAAACUUUAAGAAGUGAAAGUGAUGCUCCAUAUUUAGCUUCACCUGAUGAAACUACAGCCACGUGUCCUCCUGCUUCUUCUUCUCCAAUAAACAACAAGGAAAGAGACCAAAAUGACUGCAAACUUGAAACCAAAGACACUUUGGAAGCAGCCAAAGAAGAUUUCCCUGAUCAAUUCUUGUGCACAGAAACCACAGAUGUUUUCAAAUCACAACUGUUGACAUCAACUCCAACACAAAUAAAGACUAAUUUUGUGCCAAAAGAUGAUAUUGACACACUGAACGCUGAUAGGAAUCCUUUAAGCAGUGGGCAUGAAACACUUUCUGGAAAUAACACUUUAAUGUCAGACUUGCUUCCUCCUCAGAACGAGAGUUUAAUAGCUCAGCAGGAGAGCGCUGAACCACUGCAGGAAGACACUACCUCAACCCAGGACUCAGAAGUGUCAGCUAUAGGCACAGACGAGACUAAAGAAGUCAAUUCAGCUCACUGUGGUUCUCCCCUGGUUGGACAGACUGACGGUUUCCCCCUUUCUGCUUCUGAAAAUGUGUCUGAGCAUCAAACAGCACAAUCGGAGACAUUUAAGGCUGUCACAGAUGAGAAACCGUGUGAGGACAUCAGUGUGACUCCCAAAAAAGUGUUUACAAUAGUGUUAGAUGUGGAGAUGCCAGAGUAUGAUGUUGAAUCCAGCAGUCCAGAUGUCUUGAUGUGUUCACAGGGAGCAGAGCUUAGUGAUUCACCCCCUACAGAAGUUUCAGAUAUUCCUGAAAGAGAAUCUGGACUUGCUACAUCAUUUAUGAGUCCUGAAUCAGAUGAAAGAGACUUCAAAAUCCAUUAUUUAAAGAGCAGUGAAUUAAAUGAGUCUCAAGUGGACGACUCACUGCCAGAAAUCCCCCUGGUGUUAAUAAGUACAGGAUUUGAAGAGUCUACAAGUGCCAAAUUACCACGCGAAGAAAACUCAGGAGGCCCUGAACUAUUGCACAACGAGUCGUUGAAUUCCUCCACAUCAUUUGGCAAUGUUGCUGAGUGUCAGCUCACCGGUGCACAUGCAGCAGAAACAACAUUUCCGGAUGUCAAACAAGAGCAGGCGACAGAUUUGUGUCACGCUGAGGAGCAAACAAUGAGCUCAGUCUUGUGCACUGUGGAGGGAGAUGCCUUAACUGCAACACAAAUACCUGCUGGUGACAACAAACAGCUGACUGUUGCUGACACUGCACAGAGCACAGGUACAGGCCAGCUGGAGGUGGCAGAGGGGGACAACACAAGAGGAGGAAGUGAACCCGAACGCCCCAAGCCCAAACUUUUAAAAGUGCCAAAAAGACGAGAUAAAGCCACGCUGCUGUUUGAAGAGAGUCAAUGGAAGGCACCUGCAUCGCUGGAGGAGACAGAGACACAGGUAGAUUGUCAGAUCCCAGACGGCAUGGAGGCUGAGAGGACAGUGGCGGGUUUGCCUGCUGCUCUGCAGGCCGGGGAGGCGGCAGGUGGAUCUCCAGAGUCCUGCAGACACAAGUUCACCAUGCAGGAUGUUUUGGCUGAGAUCCAGAGCUUGGUGGAGUCAAGUAACAUAAUAAAUCGGACCCCACACAUCGAUUUGAAUUGGUACCUGAAGUGCUCUCCUGGAGAACCAGAGAUUCGAUUGGUACGAACUGUCCAAAAAGUUCUAGCAUGUCGCUAUCAACCAGCACAACUCGAUGUCACAGCAAUGGCCAAACAACUGCAGGAGGCAGAGGACUUCAGGCGCUCUGUGCAGGAGCAAGUGGCUACAAUGAAAAGCAUGUGCAGUGCCAGGAUCUGUGACCCAGAUGCCUUGAAGAGAGUUGAAGGACAGUGGAGCGCUGCACUGCUGGAUGCUUCUGCCACGGUGCAGGUCAAAGCAGCACAGCUGGAUCAGGUCAAACAGUAUCACAAACAGAUGAAAAUCACCAGAACUUUCCUGCAGGUUGUAGCAGCAGAGAAGGACAAGAUGAGCUUAAGCACUUUGGGAAGCAGUGUUCUUCAAGCUGACAAGCUAAAUUCCCUGCUGCAAACCAUGGUCCUGAAAAAAGACAUGAUGGAAGAGCUCCUCCACUUAAGUAGCCAGUUGUCGGUCCACUUGAGCGACGCUGAGAGUUCAGGUGUUCUUCUUGCACAGCUCGGAGACGUGCAGGAGGAAUGGAGGCUUUUACAAGGAAGCAUCAAAAGAGCUCUGCAGCACGCCUCAUGCUCCACCUCUCAAUCGUCUCUUCUGAUAAAAGAGGCCGAACUGCUCAAAGCCAAGCUCGAAGCUCUUCAGAAAUCCAACUCUCAAAGCCAGGACAGCAAAAGCACUUUAGAAUAUGUUUGCCUGAGCACAGACCUAAAGCUGUACAACCAGCUUUAUCUGCACCUACAGUCCCAGUCAGAUGCUCUUGUCCAUUUCUCUCUGGGUCAGAAAGAAAAAGAUGAGAUCAAACGUAAUCUUCAGGAAAUUGGGUCCUUGCUAAAUGCCACCAAGAGUGAGCUUGACACGUCCACAUACAGCUCUUCAGCAAAGAUCAACAAACAGUUACAGGACCUGAUCACAUGGGCCAAGCAGGCAGAAAACCACAUCUCUAUUGGGAAAAAGUUGGCUCUUUUCCCAGAGGAAGCUCGUUUUCAGAUUGUGGAGAUGAAGAAAUUUAAGACUGAUAUUUGGUUUAGAAGAUCAAAGAUGCAAGCUGAAGUCGAUCAGAUGAAAGAUGUAGCUUCUGAUGUGGAAAAGGAGGAAAGCGACCAAGUAUUGAAGACAGUAGAAGACCUGUAUGAAGCCAUUUCUGACAGCUUGGAUCAUGUUCUUGACACCAUGAAUAAAAAUCUUCAGGAGAGAGAGAAACUCUUGUGCCAGCUUGCUAGAAUGGAUGCAUGGCUAGCAGAGACACAUGCUGAAAGAGACCCCUGCACACAUGUUGACAGUGUUUCAAAAGCUGACAUCAGAAAGCUGGAGAGCAAGCUGAAAAGUCACAAAUCAGCCACAGUGGAGAUCGAGAGCCAACUCAAACUGGUGGAAGCAAUGGCAGAACGUUGCAGGGAAAUAGCUGUGGGGUUGAGUCCAGGAGAGAGCCGCUACCUUGUCAACAGACUGUCGGGCCUUUGGACUGAAUUAGAUGGAUUGCUAGCUCAUGAGAAAGCAGCCAGUUGGGAAUUUGAGGAGCUGAUUCACGAGCGAUCAACUUCAGAUGAGGAGUUAUCGACCAUCCAGGCUAGCUUAAAGCAAAUUUCCACAGAUUUGAAGCAGCAGGGGUUCCCUUUAACACAGGAAACCCUUUCAGCAGUCGAAUGUUUGAAGCACAUGCUAAUGGAGCAUCAAUGUCAAGUACAAGAACUUCAGCACUGUCAGGAGGCCAAGAGAAGCCCCCUGCUGUGCACCAUCGGGGAACUGCAAGACCAGUGCAAAGCUCUUAGUCUUAAUGCCUUCGAGCAAGACAAAUAUCUUCAUUUGAGGAGACAAAUGGAGGAAUCAAGGGACAUUGCCAAAGAGCAAAUCCAGCGUGCCAAAGACAAAACAAUCAGUCUAGGCGACAGGUUCAGGCUUUGCCAAACGCUCUUAGUUGAACUUCCUUUAGUGAAGACACAGUGUCAAGAAGCAGCGGACCAAUUGGAGGCCAUAGCCCAGGAGCUGCACCCAUCCGAGCUUAAUUCAGAGAGACAGAGGAUUCGGCACAGUGUGGAAACUUUAGUCUCCUGGGAGUAUUCUGUCACAGCGGGUAUCAAAAACCUAGAGACUAAGUUUCUGCUUGGCCUGCGGUUUUCCUCUGAGCUUUCUGCCUUAAUGGAGCUUUUCCAGAGAACAAGAGCGGAGCUGGAGGAAGCUGAACCAGUAAAUCCAGAUGAGAAAACCAUAGAUGUUGCACUAAGGAAGAACUGGGUUGUUUGGAGAAAUAUGGAGUCCUGGAUGAGGGUGGUGGAAGGUCUGGCGCGGAAAGAAAAAGUUAACCUGAAGAACUAUGAUGAACUUUACUCUCUUAGGGAUGCAACCAUGCAAGAAUGCCAUGCACAAAUGGCGAGUUUAUGCCAGGCGAGAGAAUCCUUGAAAGAUUACCAGUGGGCUGCUCAGGGAGCAAUAGGCUUCCUCCAUAAUGCUGAAGCCACCUUCUUAUCAGCUCCUGGGGGGUUCCUGGACUGCACUGAGGAACAAAAGCAGACUCAGCAGGCUCUCGAAGCUCUUGAAGAUGGAUUUCAGGCUCAUAUCUGCCACCUGGUGGAUCGGAUGCCCCAACAACCCUGCCUGUCCCGCCCAAAGACUGAGCAGCUGCACAUCAGCAUCCUCGCUCAGUUGUUGGUGGGAAGAGCCAUCCUGGAGGCCCAGGCCCAGCUCAGAAUGGAGUCCUUGCAGAGGUGCAAAAUGAGCCAGCAGAGCCACAGGAAGUGCCAUGAAGACAUACGGCAGCGUCUUUCAGGGCUUGAAGCCAAGCUUUCAGAAUGUGCUGCAGAACAAGUGACGUCGUAUGGCAAAUGUGUUGCCCAACAAAACGGAGCAAAGCUUCUGAUGGAGGCUCUUCAGAGCCUUGCUGGUAAGAUAGAAGACCUGAGAGCUGGAUGUCCAAUGCAGGGCUGUGGGGUGGGUAAAGACGGUGAGCUGGGUGCCCUCUGGAGGCGCUGGGUGUCACUACGACGUGGUGUCGGCCUCCUGAUGGCUCACACGGAGCAGAGAGGAGAGGAGUGGAAGGACAUCACUACAAGUAUGGAGCAGUGUUGCAGCUCCUUGGCCAGCCUUCAGGCAGAGGUUCCCGACUCCUCCACCGUGAGCUUCACUCAAGAGGAACCCCUGGAGCUUCUGGCUCAGGCUGAGAUGCACCAGGCCGGGCUGGAGCAGGAGCAGCAAGCAUUAGCCUCCCUGGAGCAUCGACUGGAGCACGCCUUGAGCUUAUCUAGUCCCCAGGAGCCCAUCAGUCCUGGACCUGUUGGCAAAACGCUAGUGAAGGUCCAAGAGAAUGUCAGGAGCUUGAAGGAGAGAAACCGGCUGCUUGUAGCUGCAGCCGAGGCAGAGGAGAAAGAGAGACAGCAGGUCCAAGAGGAGAUCGGAGAGGUGGAGCAACGCAUGUUGGCCAUUCUUCUCUCGCUGGAAGCCUGUUCCAAUCCACACAGACAACAGGAGCUCAGAAAGGAUUUGUCCUCCCAGAAAGACAAACUCAAGUGUAUCAUGGACGGAGUGCAGAGCCGGUACGCUGAGAUUCCAGCUGACAUCAGCAGGAGGUUACAAGAAGCUGAGCUGUCCCUACAAAGAGAAGAAGAGAAGCUCAUGGACAAGAGCAACCCAGUUCGGAAGCUGGCUGGCAAAGUGGUGGAGUUGGGUUCUGGCCUGGAGAAAGUCAAAGUGUUACUGGAGCAAAGGAAUCCAACAGUCGAUGAUGCUGAAAAUGCACUCAAGCAUGUGUGGGACGAGCUGGACCGAUGGCACAGCCACUUGAUGCUCCUGGAGAGCGAGGUGCAGGAUCUUGCAGAGGAGCAUCCUGAUCAAGCUCACCAACUCAUGGACCAACUCACCCAGCCGCUGCAGCUCUACCAAGACACAUCGCAGAUGGCCGAGCAGCGCACCGCCUUCCUCAGCAAGAUCCCAGCCUGUCUUCAGGAGUUUGAAGACAUUAUGUACGGCGCCACCUGCUGGAUAGACGAGGCCCAGUCAUGGCUCUGUGCUCCCUGCUCCUUCACAACAGCCAGAGGCCUCCAGAACCAUGCAAACUCCCUGCAGCUGGUCCUGGACGACUCUGAGAGGAUCAGACACGCCGUGCAGGACUUCAGGCCGGCCCUGGAUGAGAUCUCUGCAGUGUGUGACAUCAGCUCCCACCAGGAGAGGGUGAACCAGGCUGACCAACAAGUCCACAAAAUGCAGCAGCAGGUCCUAGAGCCACUGGAGCAGCUCCUACAGGCUUCUGUGGUGGUGGAGGCGAUCGAAGCAGAGCUGAAGGCCAUGGAGAAGAAUAUCCAGAAGAUCAGAACGAUUUUAUCCUCUAUGGACAACUCCAACAUAACUCUGACGGAGCACAUUCACAGCAGACAGGUGAUCCUGGACAACGUGCAGUCCAUGCGGAGGACACUGGAGGACAUGGAGAGGUGCAGAGGAGAGCUUCGCCUCCCACAUGGAGCCGAGGAGAGCCUGCUGGUCUUCUCCAGAGCCAGACUGCUGCUGCAGCCGCUGGAGGAGCUGGAACAACUCACACAGCAACAAGCCAGGCUGCUGGAGAACAAGAUCAGAGUAGGGGAAGAAGAAGAAGAGGAAGAAGUUGGAUCUCCACAAAGACGCUUGGAGGCUUUUGAGGUGUCUAAUUCAGAGGAAGAGGAGGAGGAUGAAAACGAGAGUUGUCACUCGUCGUCCUCUGACACACUAACAUGCAGUAUUCCAGAGGACCCAGAGGACACACUCAACACUUCAGAUGUGCAGAGUGAGGAUGUUGCAGAAAUUAAGCUGCUGCCAGAAGUGAAGGCUGUGGAGAGUUUGGCUGUGCAGUUUUCCUCUGAGGUGGACGCAGACUCUAAAGGGGCUGAAACUGUGCUUUUAUCUCUGAAGCCCGGGCUGCACACAGAAGAGCCUGCAGAAAAUGUCGAAAGUGGAUUAAAAUCAAUGGAUUCCAAAGUUGACAAAGCAUUGAGUCCUGAAGCUGUGACAGCCGAGUCCUUCACUGCUGCAGCCGCUCCAGCUGCUGAGGACGAGUUUACUGCUGCUGCUGCCUCACUGAACCAACAUUUAUCACCAAAACAUGAAACCUUCAUCACCAGCCCUCGUCUAAAGUCUCUUCAGGCAGUAGCUGCAGUGGAAGACACGAGGCUGAUUCAUGCCAGACCCAUAACUCCAUUCACUGCCACAAGAGCACCUGAUGAGUUUAUGGACGAAAGAGACGAACAGCUGUCUCUGUCUGCAGCUCCUCAUCCACAUCUGGAUACUCUGGAUGUGUUGAAGGAGGAAAGUGAAGUCAGCACUUAUAGAGAUUCGAUGGAAGAAUCCCAACAACCACAGGAGUUGUCUGAGGAGCCGAACAGCUUGGCGGGACACGAGGAAGAUGACAAGGAGCAGCUGAGGUGGAGUCGACUUUAUAACCAGAUCUCUCAAAAACUGACCACUUUGAAAAAAGUUAAGGAGGAAACCAGCUCAGAGGAGAGAGGGACUCAUGAAAAGGACUCAGAGAAGGAGCUGAUAUCAACCGGGUCGGCUUCUGCUGUUCUCCAGCGAGCACAAGAGUCCAUCCCCAUGUUGAAACAAAUACUGAGCACUCCAGGUAGAAAUGAGGAGUUGUACGAUGCUGCACGGAGAGUCCUCCUCUGUCUGGACGCUGUGACUGACCUCCUGUUGACUCCUGGUGAAGACGAUCCACAGCUCAGGCUGCUGCAGCACCAGUGUGUGUCUGCUGAGCUGGUGACUCUGUCAGAGCUGUUGAGUAAAGUGCAGUCAGAAACCAAACCUGCACCUACGGGAGCAAAACCAGAAGCUCUCGGCUGUUUGACCUCCCUCCAGGAUUGUCUCCAGACGGUGCAGCUGGUCUUCACCUCGUCACACAACCAGCUCAUCCAACAACUGGGACCCACAUGUCAACACCAGGAGAUUCCCUCCAACCAGCUGUGUAUUGUGGACGAGUUUGAACUGGGACGAAGUGAGAUGUUCCCCGACAUAAAGGAUGCUCCAAGUCUGGAGUGGUGUGUGCUCGGCCGACAUCUGAGGGAGAGUCCAGGGGAAAGAGCCAAGCUCCAGCAAGCUUCCCGGUCCUUGCUUCAGGGGAUAACUCGCCUCCUGGAACUGGGCGAAGAGUGCAUCACAGAGGGGCAGACGGGCCAGGUUCACAACCGCAGCCAACUUCAAGCCGUCCUCUGCAGACACCAGAAGCUCCUGCGAGUCCUCAGGUCUCAGCUGGCUUUCACGCAGCAUCUGUUCCAACGUGAGCCAGAAGCACUGAGGCGUCAGGAGGACGAGCGGGUCCAGCUGGAAGUCAGAGCCAAAGCUUUGCAGCAACGGGCUCUGGAACAGGAAGUGGCUUCUCAAAGGAGGAUCCAGGAGUGGACCCGCUGGGAGGAUAAUUGCGGUCGACUUGGCCGUCUGCUGGACGAUGCUGAAGCCUUCAUCAGCAGCGGCGAACCAGAGGGAGAUGACAAGAGGUUAGCUCAGCACCGGGGAGACGUCUGCCAGCAAACACUGGUCCAGCUGGAUGAGAGCAGAACUGCUGUAGGACUGCUCCUGGAUCAGGGGAAGGGGCUGCAGACAGAGCCAGACUUUUCUGCCACAGUUGCUCAUGCAGGAGGCGCUCUGGAGCUGCGGUGGCAGAGCGCCUACAGGAGGACGCAGCAGGAGAGCAAACGCUGCAGAGACAUCCAGGACAGCCGGGCCAGAUUCCAGACUGACUAUGCCUCGGUCAGUGAAUGGCUGGUCGGUGCCAAAAAACUCCAGAAGACUUGGUCGAACCUGGCCGACACCUCUGAACUGAACCAGGAGUGUAUUCACAACAAUCUGAUCAAGCUGCUGGACUUCUCCAUGGAGAGUGAAUCCAUGUCAGUGCAGAAGGCGUCUGCGUCCAGGGAAGCCACUCAGCUGCUUCACCUGAAGGAGGCUGAUUGUCCUGAGCUCAGAGCUCAGCUCACUCAGCUGGAUGUCAACUGGAGUCAGCUGACCUUUGACCUGACCAAGAUACAAGACGGGCUCCAGCAGAAGCUGCUGGCAGUGUGGCCGCCGGUGAAGCUGCUGUCUGAACUGGAGGCCUGGCUGAAGCAGCUGGAGGCUCGGCUGAACCAGGAGAAAGAAACUGUUGUCAAGGCCAAAGAUGCCGCUCAGAUCAAUGAAAUGCUGCAGCACUACCAGGUGUUGAAGGCAGGUUUGGUCAGCGGGCAGCUCCUUCUUGACUUCCUGUGCCAGUCUGGGCCUCAGAUGAUGGGAGGGGACGUCAGGGCUCUCCGCUCCGAGCGCACAAUGUUUGCAGAGGAACUUGGGGCCCUAAGACUGCAGUGGCUUCACCUUCAGAGAGAGCUGGAGAGCCAGACUCGUGAAGCCGAGCAGAUGCAUCACACUUGUGUAGACAGAGAGAGGCGGCUGAAGCGUCUUCAGGGCUCGAUAGAACAGCAGAAAGAGCAGCUGAAUCAGUGGAAACAGCCCACCAGCCAAACAUUGGCUCACAGGGCUCUGCUGGAGACGGAGGCUGCUGAGAGCAGAGCCAAGUGGGUGGCUGCAGCUCUGCAGGAGUUGAAAGCCACACGGGUGCAUGUUGAAAAGAAAGAGGAUCAUCCGUGUGAUAUCUCCUUCUCCGGCCAGACGGAGAAUGUUUGUCAUGCUUGUGCGGAUCUUAGUCAACAGAUGGAAGCUCUGCGACCAGCUCUGCAGCAGACUGUGGAGGACUGGAGCUGUUUUGAGAGUGAUCUGAGGGAGGUUUCUCUGCACACCAGCAGGGUGCGCUGUGCUCUGCAGCAUCAGCCUCUGUUCUCACUGAAACAGGCAGAAGCACACGUGGACUUCCUCCAGCAACUCCAGGAGAAGGCAGGAAAAGGGGAAGAUCUCUGGGCGACCCUGGACAAAUCAUAUCAGAGUCUGGUGAAGACUCUUCAUCAUGGAACAGUCGAGGGACUGGAUGAUCAAAUAAGAGGAGAGCGACAACGGUGGAGGGACGUGGUGCAGGAGCUACAGGAUGAACACGUGAAGACCGGAGAGACACUUUCUCUCUGGCAGGAGUUCACUCAGCUCUCUGAUCAGUGCUCCCUUCAUCUGCAAACACUGUGGCGUCAGUGGGAGGAGCUGCCCAGAUCUUCUCCUCAGCAGGACACACAGGCCGCACUUCACUCAGUGAAGAAGCUGCAGGAUGCUGCUGAGGACUUGCAAAGCACUGUGGGAGAUGUGCUGGCAGCUUCCAAACCUCUCGUUGGACGGCUGGAACCACUGGCUGCAAAUUUAAUCCAAUCAGAGACCAGGAUGCUGUCACGUGACGUCCUGCUGCUCAGCCAGGCAACGUCAGGGAAAAAGAAAAGUCUUCAGGAGGAUUUGGAGCAACAGAAACUGUUUCUUACUCGACUGGGGGCUCUUGAAAAGCAAAUACAGGACACACAGCAUAAACUUAAGACCAGCUCGAAUGACACAGACUCUGUGAAGUUUCUCCUGGAGCUCAUCGAUCUGUUUCCAUCACUGGCUGACGUCAGGGAGACGAGUGGUUAUGUGACCCUUAACAACCAGGAGACGGAGCAACUGCACAGGCUCAGCAGCCAAUGGGCCGAGAGCAUGACUCGCGCAUGUGAACAGAACAGAGCGCUGCAGGCUGAUCGUCAGCGUUCCCAGAACUUUCAGGAGAAGUGUAAGAACCUGAUGUCCAUCCAGAAGAAGCUUGAGGAGCAAUUGAUGUGUAAAAGCCCUCAAAGUUUCUCCAGCCUCCAAGAGAUGCAGACUGUCCAUCAGAGGCUUGAGGCUGAAAUCCUCAGUGGACAGCAGCUCCUGCAGAGUCUUCUCUGUCAGGCAGUCGAGUCCAUGGAAACAGAAAGCGGAGAGAGAAGAUCUGAACUCAUGGCUCAGGUGACCCGUAUGAGGGAGAGCUGGUUAAAGUCUGUGGCUCUGGCUCGUGAGCGCAGGUCCUUGAUAAAAGAGCAGCUGGUCCAGUGGAGAGUCUACCAUCGUGGUUCGAAACUUUUGUGGAAGCUGUUGAGGGACGUCGACCCUCUGCUGCCCCCUGCUGGACCGGCUCUGUGCAGACUGCAUCAGAUACGAAGCUGCUUGGAUGAUUACAAGUGUGUGGAAGAGGCUCUGGGUCGGCACUCCACCGUGUUCACUCAGACACUGGAGGCUGGCAGACGUUUAUGUGAAACCAUGACAGAGAACGAGUGUCAGAGCCGCCUGCAGUCAGAGCUGCAGAGCGUACAGGAGGCCUGGGAGCAAACCACCUCACUGCUGGAGCGGAGGAGACACCUGGUCAACACAACUGUUCAGAAGUGGUCUCAGUGUCAGGACAGGAUAACAGGAAUGACAUGUGAACUGGAUGAGCUGAGCAGCGCUCUGAAACAGCCGCUGCCUGAGAGAGCGCAGGACUCUGAGAGCGAGAGACAAGUUCAGGAGGCAGACCUCUCUCUGCAGCGUUUGGCCGGUGGAUUUAGGGAAUUGGCCACCAUGAAGACAGACCUGUCCCAGUACGUCGCGGCCGGAGACUCGGCUCUGCUGGAGCAGCAGCUGGAGCAACUCCACGGGCAAUGGGAAGAGCUGUGCAUGAAGGUUUCGCUGCGCAGACAAGAAAUCGCCGACCGCCUCAAUGCCUGGACCAUCUUCAACGACAAGAACAAGGAGUUCUGUGACUGGCUGACUCAGAUGGAGAACAAAGUGUGCCAAAAUGGGGAUCUGAGCAUCGAGGAAAUGGUGGAGAAACUGAAGAAGGACUGCAUGGAGGAAAUCAACCUGUUCAGUGAGAAUAAAAGCCACCUGAAGAAGCUGGGCGAGCAGCUGCUGUUAGCCAGUAACGAGGCCAAGCAGACGCAGGUCCACGGCUCGCUGCAGGAGGUCAACCAGCGCUGGCACAACCUCUUCCACCAGAUAGAAGCCAGGGUGAAGAAGCUGAAGGAGACUCUGGUGGCGGUGCAGCAGCUGGAUAAGAACAUGAGCAACCUGCGCUCCUGGCUCUCUCGCAUUGAAGCCGAGCUGUCCCGACCAAUCACCUACAGCGUCUGUCACCACCAGGAGAUCCAGAGGAGGCUGGCCGAGCAGCAGGAGCUGCAGCGGGACAUCGAGCAGCACACGCAGGGCGUAGCGUCGGUGCUCAGCCUGUGUGACGUCCUGCUGCGGGACGAGGAUGCUGCCGGCGGCACCGAGGUGGAGAGCGACUCCCUGCAGGAGACCAGCCACAGCCUGGACCAGCGCUGGAGGGCCAUCUGUGCCAUGGCCCUGGACAGGAGGCUCAGGAUCGAGGAGACAUGGAGACUCUGGUGUAAGUUCCUCGACGACUACUCGCGGUUUGAAGAUUGGCUGAAGAUGGCCGAGCGCACCGCUGCCAACCCGAACUCUGCAGACGUCCUUUAUACCGUCGCCAAGGAGGAGCUCAAGAAGUUCGAGGGUUUCCAACGGCAGGUUCAUGAGCGUCUGACCCAGCUGGAACUGGUCAAUAACCAGUACCGCCGCCUGGCCCGGGAGAACCGCACCGACCGAGCCAGCCAGCUCAAAGCCAUGGUCCACGAGGGCAACCGGCGCUGGGACGCCCUGCACCGCAGAGUGGCCGCCGUCCUGCGCAGACUCAAGUAUUUCACCGGGCAGAGGGAGGACUUUGAAGGCACCAGGGAGAGCAUGCUGGUGUGGCUCACUGAGCUCGACCUGCAGCUCACCAACGUGGAACACUUUUCAGAGAGCGACGUCCAUCACAAGAUCCAACAGCUCAAUAGUUUCCAGAAGGAGAUCACGCUGAACACGGAGCGCAUCGACGGACUGAUCGUGUUUGGAGAGGGUCUGAUCCAGAAGAGCUCGCCGCAGGAUGCAGCUCUGAUAGAGGACGAGCUGGAGGAGCUGCACUCCUACUGCCAGGAGGUUUUCAGCAGACUGGUCCGCUUCCACCAGCGCCUCAGCCAGCCCCCGCUGAUCAAAGAAGAGCCGGAGCUCUCCAGGUCCACCUUCUCCUUGGAGUCCAGCUUGGAGCUGAUUGGCCGGCCGUGGUUGGGGCGGAGCCAAGGCAGCCUCCCGGCGACGCCCACCCACCUGCUGGCCUCGCCGCUGGAGCGCUCGGGGAGGGAGACGCCAGUGAGCGUGGACUCCCUGCCGCUGGAGUGGGACCACACCGGAGACGUGGGAGGGUCGUCGUCACAUGAGGACGAUGAGGAGGACGAAGAACACGAAGAUGACAGAACUUACUUCAGCGCGUUGUCAGAGGCUGAGUUGACUGAGAGCCAGGAGGAGUUUGUCGAAGCCCCGGAGGCCGUACGAGCCUCCUCACUGGUAUCCAGCAUGGCCGUCCACGAGUCUCCACGAUGGCGAUCAGAGGAAGCUGCAGACACACGAUCUGUGCAGCUGGACUCAGAGGCCCCGCCCGCCCUCACCAGCACCCCUCUGAAGCAGGGCUACUUGCGCCUCAUGUCUCAGUGCAGCGGCAGCAUCGAGGACAUUAAGAGAGUCUCGCUGAUCCUGGAUGACGAGGAGCAGCCGGAGGAGCUCGGGCUGACGGGACUGAUCGGCUCAGAGAAACAGUCAGGUGUGAUUGAACGCUGGGAGCUGCUUCGGGCUCAGUCCAGGAGCGACCUGCGUGCCGGCCCCCAGGAGCCCCAACAUCUCACAGCUGACCUCGAUGACAUCACUUCCUGGUUGGAAAACGUGACCCCGGAGCUGGAGCGCCACCGGCAGUCCGACCCUGCAGCCAGCAUCGAGGACAUGGCAGCCAGAGCCAAAGAACUAAAGGAGAUGCAGAAGAUGUUUGCUCACUACAAGUCCGUCAUGCUGUCCGUCAACCUGCGAGCCCAGGAGGCUCCAGAGCUGCAGGACCGGCUGGCUGCUAUGAACCGAGACUGGAGCCGAGCCUGCACAGGCCUGCAGCAGUGGGACAGCAGCCUGAGGAAGACGCUGACACGCUGCCAGGAGUUCCAUGAAACCCUCCACUCUCUGCUGCUGUGGCUGGCCCACGCAGACAGCAGACGGUUUGCAGUGGACAUCAGUGACGUGGACACUCCUGUCAGGGCCCUGCAGCAACACCGCAACACGCUCACAGAGCUGCGAGAGGAGCUGCAGGGCAGGCAGACUCAGCAGGCCUCCCUCCAGGCUCUCUGGUCACAGCUGCAGCCGGAGGAUGAGGAGAGUGACGAGGCCCAGGAGAAGCUCCAUGUGACGGGGAGCAAACUGAAGUUGUUGCUGAGGCAGGUGGAUCAGGACCUCAGCACCCUGCAACAGCGUCUGGACAGUGAAUCUGCAUCAGACACCCAAGGCGCCUCUGCAGAUCCUCCUCAGGAGGCAACAACCUCAAAGAAAGUUUCCUCUACUCAAAGAGAGAGGAGAGACUCGUCCCCGCCUCGUUCCUUCUUCUACCGGGUGCUCCGCGCUGCCUUCCCCCUGCAGCUCCUCCUGCUGUUCCUCCUCCUCCUGCCCUGUCUGAUCCCGCUGUCAGAGAGCGACCCCGGAUGUACCGGCGCCAACAACUUCGCCCGCUCCUUCUACCCCAUGUUACGCUACACCAACGGCCCGCCGCCCACCUGAUGGAAACAUGCUUGGGUAGGGAGGAAAAAAGAGAGACUGAGAACAUUAAGAAACACAAGCCACCUUUAUGUCCCAUUGAAACGUGCUAAAUUUAUAUUUUAAGCUGAUGAAGUGAUUGUCUUCUUUAAAAAAAAAAAGUCCAAAGUGCAUAAAUUGUAUUUCUAUCUUUUAAAAAGAUUUGAUCUUAGACAGAUUGUAUUUAUUUCACAAACAAAACCACCCAUUUGACUGUAUUUGAGCAUCAGGAAAAAUAUUUUAGGUUAUGAUGCAAAGAUCUUGACGCCGUCCAAGAAAGAAAUCACUGCAGCAAAGAGGCGACAAUAACACAUAAAUCUAAAAAUAAAUAUCCUCCAGCUGCUGUAGGAGCCAGUAAACAUAUUCCAUUUGACAAUAAUGAGGUGGAAACAAAGUAAGAUGAUGAAAUCACAUUUCUUCUUGCUCUUCUUGUGUUUAAAGAUGGUUUGAACAUGACCAUAUUUUGAAAAAAUCAAAUGUACACAUUAUCCUUGUCAUUUACAUGUUGUGUUGACAUUUCAUUUGGUCUAACUCGACCCUGCAAACAAAAAGCAUGCUCGAUCUAUUUUUAUGUUGGACUGAAGUUUAUUUUUUACAUCAAAAGACACUGGUUAAAUUUGAAUGUAAUCUUUAUAAAGCCGACAGUACAAAAUUAUGGCAGUUUUUAUAAACACACAGUUGUAUAUCCAUUUUUUUGUUGUUGAUGUUUUGAGUAGAUUGUGACUGUUGAAACACUGUAGAUUUAGCAGGACAAUGUACAGAAUGUAAUAAUAUAAUGCUUAUUUAUAACAGAUGGUGGAUUUAUGCUCUGAAUUUUCUGGUAGUAAAACACUGAUUGUCUUAACUGUUUUCUCAAAGUCUUUUUCUUUCAAAUUUGCAUAAAAACAAAAUAUAUAAAUAUACCUUUGACAGACAGAUACAGUUGGGCUUUGGUCAGUAAAAAAAAAAUCAAAAUCAGAACAGGAAUUACCCCCAAAAGUUUCUCUUUCACAGUCGA